GACAUUCGCUCGGAGCGGAGAGGAAAAUCUUCGUAAAGUACAGGGAAAAAGUCCGCUGGUUCGAACUGUAAACUGCGAACUCGAAGCCAAGUUGAGACUCCAAGAUCCUUCGGUUCGCGUCGCGUUCGCAAAUUGGGAUUCCGUGUAUCAGUGUAUCAGCUGGGAAUGGACGGGGAGGAGCUGACGCAGCAGGAAACUGAGCUUUACGAUCGUCAAAUUAGGGUUUGGGGCGUUGAUGCCCAGAGAAGGUUGAGCAAAGCCAAUGUUCUUGUUUGUGGAAUGACGGGGACUGUUGCCGAGUUUUGCAAGAACAUUGUGCUAGCAGGAGUUGGGAGUGUGACCCUGGUGGAUGAUGGGGUUGUUACUGAAGAGGCAUUGUCUGCCAAUUUUCUGAUUCCACCUGAUGAGAGCGUGUAUAAGGGCAGGACUCUUGCCGAGCUCUGUUGUGAUUCUCUCAAAGAGUUUAACUCUAUGGUCCGUGUAUCAGUCGAAAAAGGUGAUAUAUCAAGCUUUCGUGUAGAUUUCUUCUCUAAGUUUGACGUGGUUGUCAUUAGUUCAUGCUCACUCGCCACUAAGAAACUGAUUAAUGAGAAGUGUCGGAGAUUGUUGAGGCGGGUGGCAUUUUAUAUUGUAGACUGCAGGGACUCGUGCGGAGAAAUUUUCGUUGAUCUGCAAAGUUACAAGUACACAAAGAAAAAAGUCGAUGAAGCUGUUGAAUUCGAACUAAAGUAUCCUAGUUUUGAGGAAGCAAUUACAACACCUUGGAGAAAGCUACCCAGGAAAACGGCGAAGCUCUAUUUUGCCAUGAGAGUCAUAGAAAAGUUUGAAGAGGCAGAAGGGCGUAAUCCUGCUGAAACUUCACUUCUUGAUCUUCCUGGUGUUCUGAAGAAGAGAAAGGAACUUUGCGAGGCAGAGUCAUUAAAUGAAUCUCAAAUUCCGGAUUCUCUACUAGAAAGGUUGGUGGUUGGUACGCAAGAAUUUCCACCAGUUUGUGCAGUCAUUGGGGGGAUUCUUGGACAGGAGGUGAUAAAAGUGAUAUCUGGGAAGGGAGAUCCUCUUAAGAACUUUUUCUUCUUUGAUGCUUUUGACGGAAAAGGGAUAAUAGAAGACAUAUCAAAUCCAGACGCUGCAAGCUGAGCCAGCCUAAAUGGACGCUUUCUGGUUCAUGUUAGUACUAGGAGUAGAGUUGGAAUCUGAGGGCAAUUAUUAACUGUAACUGCCAUUCCACCAAGGGAAUUUGGAAGUGCGAUGACUGUUGUGAGGGCUGUUUGACAAUGUUGCUAGCCUGUUUUUGGUCAACUAACCUCAGAUUGCUGAUGAAGGUAGUGAUAAAGCAUCACCUUCAUCUCUGAUAUGAGGUACCUGCCAUAUGUUUGAAUUCGAUUUGUGAAAACCAGGGGAUUGUCUUUGCCUCGUCCA